CAGAGGCGGUGAGGAGAGAGGGGCCGGAUCAGCCGCCGCCGGGAUGGAGAUGGAGGUGGAGGAGGAGGAGAAAGCCGGGCCCGCGACAGGAGAGAAGCGGGGAACCGCCGAGCCCCAGGGGUCGGGAUCUGCGGCCGGCGGCCAUUACGAACUGCCCUGGGUGGAAAAAUACAGACCCUUGAAGUUAUGUGAAAUAGUUGGAAAUGAAGACACUGUGAGCAGGCUGGAGGUCUUUGCCAAAGAGGGGAAUGUGCCAAAUAUUAUAAUUGCUGGUCCCCCAGGAACAGGUAAAACCACCAGUAUCCUCUGCUUGGCUCGUGCCCUGCUUGGUCCUGCAUUAAAAGAUGCUGUUUUGGAGCUGAAUGCCUCAAAUGACAGAGGCAUUGAUGUUGUGAGAAACAAAAUCAAAAUGUUUGCCCAGCAAAAGGUCACCCUCCCAAAAGGUCGGCACAAAAUAAUCAUCCUUGAUGAAGCAGACAGCAUGACAGAUGGAGCCCAGCAAGCACUGAGAAGAACAAUGGAAAUUUAUUCCAAGACCACGCGCUUCGCCCUGGCCUGCAAUGCCUCUGACAAGAUCAUAGAACCCAUCCAGUCCAGGUGUGCAGUGCUGCGUUACACCAAGCUGACAGAUUCCCAGAUCCUUGCCAGGCUCCUGAAGAUUGUUGAGAAAGAGGAUGUGCCAUACACAGAUGAUGGACUAGAAGCCAUUAUCUUCACAGCCCAAGGAGACAUGAGACAGGCAUUAAACAACUUACAGUCUACAUAUUCUGGAUUUGGCUUUAUAAACAGUGAAAAUGUCUUUAAGGUAUGUGAUGAGCCCCAUCCUCUGCUUGUGAAAGAAAUGCUGCAGCACUGCAUAAAUGCAAACAUUGAUGAGGCAUACAAGAUUCUUGCCCACCUGUGGCGACUUGGCUACUCCCCAGAAGAUGUGAUUGGCAACAUCUUCCGUGUCUGUAAAACCUUCCAAAUGCCAGAAUACCUGAAACUGGAAUUUAUCAAGGAAAUUGGGUACACUCAUAUGAAGAUAGCAGAAGGUGUGAACUCACUUUUACAGAUGGCUGGGCUGCUGGCCAGGCUGUGCCAGAAAACAGCAGCACCUGCAGCCAGUUAGGUUUCCUUGGGCACCUUCCUGGGAGGUGAAGGCUCUGCAAGGUCAGCAGCUCCCUGGGUGUCCAGGAUUCUUCAUUCAAGGAGCUUGUUCCCUUGGUUCUGGUAAAUGGCAGAAAAAUAACCAGGUUCUGUUGUAAAAAAUGUUUUGUAUUUUUUUAUUUAGAUCAAUAAAGCUUUAAAAUUGACUUUAACCCAAGACCUC